UUGGGGGAUAAGGUAACACAUCCAAUCGCUCAGAGCACAGCCCAGUUUGGGGUUGGGUUGCAGGUGAAAAUGUCUCCGGGCUCCGAGGGCCUUUUUAAGUCGAUGUACGAACCCCGAGGGGAGGGGGUGGGGGUAAGGGACGCGCGUCCAUGCUCCCCCCGCGCGCACAGACCUCUUGGAGCGGCUGAAGGGGACCGUUUUGACCCCCCCCCCCCCCCCCUCUUCGUCCUUUCUCCCGCAGUGCUCGCCUGCUCCAUGGCCGCCGCCGUCGUGCGCGGCGCACCUCUGCCGGGGGCCAGCGCACUUGUUGAGGAGCCCAAAUUUCAGGAGCUGCUGCAAAGAGUCCACAGCCUGACCCAAAAAAUGCUGCUCUCCAUACCGGACACGCACCGGUCCUGCGUCCAGACAGAGACUCUAAAGCUCAACUCCUCUGAAAACGCGAAGCUCGUAACCAUGGCGUCCAUCAUCGGCAUCCCUCCUGCGCCGGUUCUCAAAGCCGUGUCCGAAAACUUCACCCUGGAGAGCAGUUUGGAGCGGAUGAGCGAGGGUCUGCAUCUGCACAGGAGCCUGCUGCUCCGCGUCUCCCCCCGGCUGGAAAGAGCAGAUAAAGUGGCGAGUUUAAUGGCAGACAUCCGAGAUCUGGCGAUUCAGAUCGUCAAGAUGCAGAAAAUGCUCCAGCCAGAGGCUGAGGUGCAGCAGGCUCCGGACCCGCUGGACCUGCGUCUGCCUGGGAACUACGAGGUCCAGGUGGCCGUCCACAUGACCCUGGUCCAGCUCCAGUCCUUCGGCCGGGACAUGAUGCGCUGUCUGGGAAGUCUGGACCAGGGCAGCGAAGAGGACACAGAGAUCUGACCCCUAUAGGUCCUAUUCCCGUUUUAGCUCUGUCUGAAACAUGCCCUAUAUGUUGCCAUUUUUUACUAUGGUGUUUUUUCUUAUUUGUUAAAAGAUUAUUUAUUUUUUAUUUAUUUCUAUUUAUAUAUUUAGGCUAUUUAUGCAACUGUAACACAAAGUAUUUAUUUUGGGAGCUUAUAUUUGACAGUUUUGCAUUGAACGCAGGCUUGCAUUGUGAUAAGCUGAAGGCACCUUAAGAACUAAUAAAAUACCCUGUACAGUCAUAUUUUCAUGAUCUGCACAUGUUUGUAUGACGUAACACUGAAUAAAAAUAUAUCAAACGG